UAACCUAGGAGCUACUAUGUUAAAGCCUGCUGCGACUGGAAUGAAAGUAUUGUGUCAAUAACAGACACUAGCCUAUUUGUGAAUGAGAAGAUUAUUAGACCAACAGGCUUAUUUAAAAAAAAGUUAUAUCUUAAUAUUAUUGUCGGAAAUAAGCGAUUAAGCGUUUAAUUGUAGCCUACUGUGUCGCCUACCAUGUGUAUCCUGUGCAUAUGACAAAUAAACUUGACUUGAACACAGUAAUGGAAUAAUGUAGAGGGCCUCUAUUUGGGAAAUGAUUCGCACCUGAGUCACCGGUCAGCUGGGAGAGUCUGCCGGACAGGGUGUGUUUUCUGUUUGUGCUUCUUUGCCUGUUGCACAGGUAGAGCAGGUAUAGUUGCCCGGUUUGGGAACAUUUGACAGUGACAAAAUAAUUUUAUUUAAUCACAUAUACGUUUGACAGAAAUGCAUAAUAAGAAUGUUGCUAUUGACCUGUAAUACGCCAUGAUAAUAAUAAGCCUAUUAUAUUAGGCUAGGCCAGUCCAAAUAUAAUAUUAUAGUGCCAUAUUCUGGUCAUGUUUAAAUAUAUAUUUUUGUCUUUAUUACCUUGAUUUUUCUUUUCUUUGCUCUUUUGCCACGUUAUAAAACAAAUCACAAUAAUGUAGGCCUAAUUGCAAUAUGGGCUCUAUGAAAAGAGAAAAUAGUAUGAAGUAGUCUGAUCAAAUUGAGAUAGGUGGUGUUAUUCGUAUUCAAGCCUAAAACUAAGGACUAUCAGAAGUGAGUUACUCCGUCUUAAAAUAUAGUUUAUAUUGGUGUAAUAUUGCACAAGUUAUCACCGUUCUUCACUUUUUUCUUUGCUGUCAACCUUAAUUUGGGCAAUAGUCCACAAAUGGCUGAACGCCAGAGAAGCUUGAUAUGUGAUGAAUAGCAUAAUUUACACCUGUUUCAAGGGGUAAGAGUGAGAGGCCUAUCAAUGGUGUAAUGUUUACAACCCCCCCCCCCCUUAUCAUACAGCCCCUGAUAGACGAUAAACACAUAUCUCUUCUAAUGGGCUUAGUGCUAACUGUGUUUUAGGUUAGUUUCCUCUUCCUCAAACGGAUCUCUAGAUGCCAAUGGCGGGUCAUAAUCUCACCAGGAAUCUCUCUCUCUCACACACCUCUGCCAUCCCUGGAUGUUUCCAUGGCAUGUCUCUGGCCUGACCUCAUGGGAGAGUUCGUUGGGAUUCGCAGGCCUCUCUCCGCACAGCCAAAACACAAAGGGCCAUUCAUGGCCCAGAGUGGCCCCAUUCAUGACCACUGAGUUAUUUGCCGGUAGAAUUCCUUAUUGUUUGGUUUCUUGCAUCUCUGAGCUCUCUCUUGACAUAAAUUACGUAGAAAGUUGUUUCUUGUACUUGAAGGUACAUAAAUGUUAUGUCUUGUCUAGAGAGCGUUCCAUGGAUGGUAUAUGCAUAAGCUUCCCACACCACACGUUAACCAACUUUUCACCAUUACAGUUAUAGUUCAAAUCCCAUUUUGUCACACUGACACUUGUUUACAUAAAGAGCAGCUUUUCGCAAGACCAUGACCCGUUCGUGGCGCAAGGAAAGGGCACAGGUUGUUGUGUAGCAUGUGGUGACACUUUGUCCAGUCUUCCUCCCCAGUGGACUUGUCAUUAUCGAUAUUGUUGUUGUCAGCUGUCAGUGUUUUGAACUUGGAAUUGAACCUUUUUUCCUGGGUAGUAUGAAGACUAUGUUCAAAGAAAAAAGUUGAAAAGAACACCUGGCUGUACAGCUCUGAAAAAAACAUGUUGAUCUCUGUGGUAUCGGAGACAAUCACUUUUUUCAUAUGACAUAUGGAAAGUACUUGAACUGUUUGCCAGUGGCGCUCUCCUCCUAACCAAGUAGGUCUUUACUGUGUGUGUGUGUGCGUGUGUACGUUUGUGUGCACGCUUGUAUGUAAAUGUGUGAGGAACUUUUCGCACAUUCGGUGAGUGUUGGCGCACUGUCACACUGGGAGUGUUUGUCAUUCCAGCGUCACAGGAGCUUGUUGCACAAUGGCCUCUGUUGUGGCCCCUUGGUGUGGGCCUACGCUGCAGCGCUGCAAUAAGAAUGACUACAGAGUACAGAGAGCAGAGCACAGCCUCACAGGCCUGGGAGGGGAAGAAGGAGUGGAGAAAGUGCUUAGGCCUGCCCACUGUUGACCCAGAGGUUGUGCAAUGCCUCAGUCAGACUCAGUCAGGCUCUUUGAGCUGGAUCUACAAAGGAGAGACACACAUGACAGGCUUAGCUCAGUAAAGCAAGGCAAAGCAACCGCUGGUACAAGGAGUGUAGUGGUCAGGUUAUGGUUAAAGGGGUAUGCCAGCACCUAACAAGGAGACAGGAUGACAACUACUGGUUGGCUGGACUGCAGUAAGCAGAUGGACAGUGUCUCUGUGAGGACUGGGUGCUCUAUGGAUCUACAUCUACAUGUCUGUUAGGAGCAGCCUGCCUUCCCCCAGUCUCUGUCACAGCAUGGCCCGAAACAAGGCAUACUGGGGACAGCCACAUUGCACAAACAGCCUGUGCUUUAGCCUGGAUGCUGACGACGCAAUGGAACACAACUUGAGAGAGCAUCACCAACACCACACAGUGUCCCAGGGCUUUGACAACAAGAUGCCCCAGCCCCACCAUCCACUGUACUCUAGCAGCCAUCCCUUGACCUCUCACUCCACUAUGCCCCGCCCUCCUGAGGGGGACCAGGUGGUCCCCUCCUUCCAGAGACUAUCAGUUUACGAGCAGGGUCCGUCCUGCGGCCCCAAGCCCCUGCCCCCUCUCCCUGACCCAGAGGAUAACUCCUCAGAUGAGGCGGCGGACAGCGAGGUGGAAUUCUUCAUCGACGAGAGGCGGCACCUACUCCCCCAGCGCUGCUCCACGAAGGCCCUGGCCCUCCACUAUGGAGCCACCGGACGACGCAGCUUCAGGGGCUGUGGCCAGGUCAACUAUGCCUACCUUGAGGGGCACCCCGGGGCUAGCGGCUCGGCUAAUGGUGGAGCCCAAAGUGGAACCCAGGAGCAGCAGGCCCAGUUUGGGGGACAGAGAGGGCCAGGGGCCGUGGUGGUAGCGGCGAGGGACAUCUCUAGCAAGCAACCCGAUCGGCCCCAAUGGUCCAAGCUGCGGCGCUCUCACUCGGGCCCUGCAAGCUCCUUCAAGCCCUCUGGCCUGCGCCAGUCAUGCCACCUUCACCACCACCACCAUGGCAGCUACAGGGGCCACCCCCAGCUGGACAAGCCUGAAGUUCCUCCCCGCAUCCCCAUCCCCCCACGCCCCUCCAAGACUGCCAACUGCCACCGUUGGUCUGUCGCCGAGGACCAAGACAAGCCUCCCAAAGUCCCUCCCAGGGAACCGAUAGCGCCCCCUUGUGGCUCCUGUUGCACCCCUAGUCCCAAGAGCCUCCCUAUAUACGUGAAUGGGGUGAUGCCCCCUACGCAGAGUUUCGCCCCCAACCCCAAAUAUGUCAGCAAGGUCCUCCAGAGGCCACAAAAGCAGCAUAGGGAUGGGACCACUGGGCCCUUGGUGGGCCCACGCUCCCCCUGUAUCGUGCCCAUCAUGGAGGAUGGGAGGAAAGCCAGCGCCACGCACUAUUUCCUCCUACCCCGGCGGCCAUCCUACAUGGACAGGUUAGAAAGGUUCUUGAGGGAGAAGGAGGCAGAUGGUGUCCAGCAACACUCCCAGCUCAGGGUGGGGUUGCCAGAACAGGCAGAAACCCCCUGUCAUCAUAUAGAGCUUCAGCAUUGCGGGAAGCUUGAAGACUGAACCCCCACACACUAAUGUGCAUCUUUAAUUGCACCCUAUUCCCUAUAUAGUGGAAAUAGGGUGCCAUUUCGGGACGAACCCUUAGUCAUUCAGUCUAUGGUGCUACCACUAAAACUUUUGCCACCUCACUUGAUGCAACAAACAGAAUUUUUGCAAAGAUAAACCAUAGAUGCCUGGAGGCUUCAAGUGUCCGAUCUGUACUGUCACUACAUCCAAACAGAAAACAGUGUAAUGGAUUGGUAUAAGGUGGUCUUUGUGGUGCUCUGUGAGUAGUGCUUUGUUAAAUGGUAUGGGUUAACUGAAGACAUGCAAGUGAAACAUUUGUUGUACAUUAUUUUGCUGUUGAAAGACCAAUCUGUUGAGGGAUUCAUUUGAAGGUAUCGGUUUAGUGUUAAACUAAUCGAUCUAGGUCUAGUUGGCUCCUACUGUUCAUGGUUAUGUGUCAACUAAUGGAAAAUGUUCUACUCAAUGUGGGGAAAGGUAUAUUUAUAAUAUUCCAAGUCUAGGGAGUAUGUACCCACUAAUUAUCUGUUCACAAAAAAAUAUGUAUAGAAAUCGUCCCUUUUCAGCCAGAGUCGUAUUAACUAGUCACCAAAUGGAAGAAAACCGACUGAAACAGGGAGGGACUACCUGAACUUGUCCAAUAAGAAACGUUCAUUUUCAUUUUCUGUUGGUAAACGCUUUGCUAGUGUGUGCACUGAUGAAUAUGACCCAGUAUGACCAGAGUUGGACGUCACAAAGAUUUCCCCCCUAGUAGGCAUCCUAUUGGAUUACCUGACACAGAUUUUUACAGUGGAUGGCCUUGACUCAGACAUUUUAUAUUUUAUUCAUUUAACAGAUGCUCUUAUCCAGAGCAACUUAUAGAUACAUCUUAAGAUAGCUAUGUGGGACAACCACUUAUCCCAGUAAGUAAAUGUUUCCUAAACAAAGUAGCUAGUCAGCAAAGUCAGAACUAGUAAGAGGGGAAAAGGUCAAGUGCGAAUGUUAGUUCACGAAAGGCAUUUUUUGGGGGUGGCUGUAGACUGUUGUUUUAUUGGCCUUUGCUGUACAUCAAAGUUACCCCACAAUCUAUGUGAUUACAUUAAAAGGCCCAAUGCAGCCGUUUUUAUACCAAUAUCAAAUCAUUUCUGGGUAACAAUUAAGUACCUCACUGUGAUAGAUUUCCAUUUAAAUGGGCAAAAAUUGCUUCUUAGCGAAAAACAAUUUCUCAAGCAAGAAUUUAGCUAAGGCUGUCUGAGUGGGGAGGGGAAAAUCGAAAACUAGCUGUUAUUGGCAGAGAGGUUUGGAACUCUUUCGGAAAGCUGAAACCCACUGGGUACUGACAUCAGUUCAAUGUCUAGUUUUGAUUUACAUUUUGUUGAGUUGUCAACUAAUGUGAAUUCAAUGUGAAAUCAACUAAACAUUUCACUGUGUCAUGGGUUUAGGUUAAAAGGUGGGUAAAAAAGAAAGAAAUUCCUUUACAUUGAUGACUUUAAAAGUUUUUUGAGUUGAUUCAACGUCAUCACAUUGAAUUUUUUACAAAUAACUUUGAUUCAACAAGUUUUUGCCCAGUGGGAACUCCCAGCCAUGCAAACCUGCUGAUUAGAAGGUCCUGUGUAGAUUGUAUUUUCAACCAGCAACUAUCAGGAAAGAACACUGAUCACAUUUGAUUUACUUUUACAGUGUUAGUUUCAUCAGCUGUUGUACAAUACGAUAUAAAACACAGGAAAAACACAGGGCCUUUAACAAUGAAUGGAGAUUGGGUCGCUCCUCCAUUUCGAACAGCUGGUCUGUUUUCAAGUAUUACACAAAGUGGAUGUUGUGGAUUUUCUGGUUCUAUAAAUAAGUCUCUCUCUCAUAAUUGUAUCUACUUUUUUCAUUUAACAUUAUUUAUAUUAUCAUAAUUUGGCCAAGUUUAACUCUUGAUUUCACCUCACAGUAUUUUCUUUGUAAAUGUAUUUGAAAAGUGUCUAUAUUAAUGGGAGAUAGAAUGAGGGUGUGUUAGUUGUAUUGGCUACUCUUCCCUAUACACUGAUUUCCCGCCCAAUGAUAACCAGGUAAAUACUAUGGAUUUAUAUCUGUACUUAAAUUGUUAUGAGUUGGUAGUGCUACUUAAUAUGAUCAAUGCAAUUAACAUGGAAUAUAAUUCAUUAUAAUAUUUUUAUGCACUGUAUGUAUGGUGACUUUGUAGUUUCUACAAUUGUGUAUUGCAGCAUACAUCUAUUUCAAGGGAUAGAGGGAUAGAGGGAUAGAGGGGGGGGGGGGGGGGGGGGGGGCUAUGUAGGUGCUGUAAACGAGAGUGUUACCUUUCAUUCUGAAGUUCAGAAAACUGUUUACAUGAUAUGAUACUUGUUACAUCAACAGACGUUGAAGUUUGUCCCAUAGCAGACAUGGUUAGAUUCUGCUUUAAAAAGUGUUGUCAUUUCAUGGGUAGUUCUCUACAGUAUUUAAAAGUGCUUAUGUUGGACAAAAAUGUUGAAUGAUGUAUUCUUAAUCUAUUUAAAUAAAUAUCUUAUUUAUUAAA